GGUUUGUUUCCUCGGCACUAACCAUCGGAAAAUCGCGUAUUCGCUCGCCUCACCAUGUUCCUACGCCACGCAUUGUCCGCACUCCUGUUGGCGGCGUUCAUUCCCGCAGCGCUGUCCUACCAGACCCCCACGCCACCGUCGUUGUCGCGUCGGGCGUUCGGCGCCGCGGCCUCGGCCGCACUCGUGGGUUUCGGCACGUCUACCGCCGCGAACGCCAUUGAAGCCUGUCCCAAAGGAUCCAAAAACUGUAUCCGCACGACUUGGACGCCUCCGGCAGGCGUCACGCCGUCGCAAGCCGAUGUCGCCCAGACGAUCCGGGCCGUCCUCUUGGAGUAUCCACAAGCCGGACAGCAAGACGUCGAUAAGGGCGGAUGGGAACUCGUACAGGACGAUUUGACCAAAGCCGGGACCGCACGAAUCGAGUACAAGUCGGGUAUCGGCAAAUUUGCCAAAUUCUUCAACGGCGGGAAACCCUUUGUGGAUGACCUUACUCUGCAGAUUGUGGACAACGGCGCCAACGUUCAAGUCCGCAGCGCCUCGCGUGUGGGAGAUUCCGACUUUGGCGUCAACCAAAAGCGACUCGAAUACCUUGGUACCGCCUUGAAGGCGCAGGGAUGGACCGUACCCGAUCCCAAGUAUUGAACUACUAUAAGCUAGUAGUGGUCGGCCGGCCAUGCAACAAACACGUACUAGCAAUCCUACGUUACCAACAGGUCUACUACCUACAUGCAUACCUACACACAGCCUUUUAUUACUACUAACAAAGCAACAACAAC